AUGCAGUCGUUAUUUGGGCCCAAUGUGCCCAGGAAAUCUAACUGCAAUGGCUUGAGAGCCGUCCUUGGUUUGUUAUUUGGAAUACUUUUUGCACGAGUGUCAUCUUGUCCGAGCGGCUGCCAUUGUACGGAAAAGAGCGGCACAACAGUAGUCAGAUGCGUGUCUCGGAACUUGGAGAAGAUCCCAUCAGACCUACCGAGAGAUACCGUUGCUCUAAUAUUGGCGUCCAAUCAUAUCACCAAGAUCCCAAAUCACGCUUUCAGAGAGCUAAACUACCUUCAGGAAUUGGACCUUUCCAACAAUGACAUCGAGACAGUGGAUGUUGCAGCGUUUCACGGUCUCUCUGACAGCCUACUGGUGCUCGAUCUUUCAAAUAAUCAGAUCCAAAGUGUCCCCAAGGAAGCUUUCGCCCAUCUCAGAGCCAAAAUCAACCUUUCUAACAACCCGUGGCACUGCGAAUGCAUAUUGCAGGAGGUUCUACGGGAGCUGAGGCUCGACCCGGAGUCGGUGAAAGACGUGGUGUGCCACACUGCCGUGCAGGAAGAGUACGCAGGCAGGUCGGUCAUCCAAGUUCUGGACUCAGGGAUCAACUUCUGCAACUUUCACCACAAGACGACUGAUGUCGCCAUGUUCAUUACCAUGUUCGGUUGGUUUACUAUGGUGAUAGGAUACGUCAUCUAUUACGUGAGACACAACCAGGAGGACGCAAGGAGGCAUCUGGAGUACCUCAAAUCGUUGCCCAGUAGCUCUCAAAUCACAAAAGAUUUAGACACUAUUAGCACUGUUCUUUAA